AUUGGGAAAGGGCAUUGCGGCUUGGUUGGAGGUGCACAGAGAAUCAUCAUGUCGGCUGGACUACUUGCUAAACCUCAGAUGAGAGGCCUUCUGGCUAAACGCCUCCGGUUCCAUAUUAUUGGUGCUUUCGCUGUCUCUCUUGGGGUUGUUGCUUUGUAUAAGUUUGGAGUGGCAGAGCCAAGGAAGAGGGCGUACGCUGACUACUAUAAGAACUUCGAUUCAAUGAAGGAGUAUGAAGCCAUGAGGGAAGCAGGUGUAUUCCAAAGCGUCCGAUCAAAAGGCCAAUAGAGUGCAGCCAUUAGCAGGAGGAGGAUGCAGAAUUUGCUUCGGAAUAUUCCUAAAUGGACACUUUGCUGGACAUACUGAAUGCCUCUACGAUGUUUUACUAUUCUGUGUAAAUGUGCUUAAAUAUACAUAUGAAAAACAAAAAAAAAAA